AUAUGAUUUCUUGAUUCUUGCAGGGUGUUGGUGAUAACAAGAGUUCAGAAAUCGGUAUUCAAUCAAAAUGAUUUAUUAUUUGGGUAUUUUGUCUUUAAUAGUUUCAGCCUAUGGAGCUGGAGAAUUCUCUGUUCUUCACCACCCGUCCAGCCUUGUCUUCAAAGGCCAUGAUAUCCUUAAAGAGAGUACCCUGACUGAUGUAUAUGCAGCAUCCCUCGGUUUCUCAACUGAGCACUUUUCUAAUUGGGGUGGCCUGUACAUAGACAAUCCUUUUGAGGUGGCUCAAGCUAUUGUUACUGUAUAUGUUGAUGGUGUAGCUGAUAUUGGGCAACACAAAGGCCAUCACUUUCCCCUCAAAACCGAUGUGAAUGAGAUCAAAGUGUACAAAUCAUUGAAAGAGAGAAUUGUUGAACAUUAUCCAGACCAGAAGACUAACUUGGUGAGGAUUAAUUUGUCCAAAGGACUGCAAGAAGUACAUAAGUAUCCAGUUUUUCAAGAUGUCCCUAGUGAGAAUCCCAAGCAUGUCAGUCAUAAGGCUCUGAAGUUGACUGUUGAUGAAGACAGGCAAUUCCUAAAGGAGAUAACUCUGUUGCAUGAAAUUGCUGAAAAAGUUGAGCAAAGAGUUGUAGAGAAAGACUUUAUUCCAGAUGUCUUCUGGUUUGAGGUGUCUGCUCUUCAUGCUGUUUCUGAUUUGCAUGGGGAGAAUUCUACUGAAGUGAAUGAAGCCCAUAGGUUAUUGAAUGAAGUUAUUCUCAGGUUGAGUGCUGCUUUUGAUAAAGUUUAUGAUGGUUUUGUAGUCAUCAAUGUUAUAACUAGUGAUGCCAGUCACACCAGAAGGGGUAGGAGCAUUCUUCAAGCAAAAGCUGGUGCUGCUGAUGAAGAACCAGAGACUGAUAAGCAAAAAUAUAACUUGGCCAGCUACUAUGGAAAGGAAUACCCAGCAAUUUUCAAUAUUAUUUUGUGGUUUGGGGUGGUGAUGCUUUUCUCAUUGAUUGCUAUCUGUAUGGCAAUUGGUGGUAUGGACCCUGGAAGGGACUCUAUCAUCUACCGCAUGACCAGCACAAGGAUGAAGAAAGACAACUAAACUCUUCAAUUGGGCUUUGAAAUUGCCAAUGUAUUGAAGCUACUAGUACUGGAGAAUAUUUCCUGAACAUUCCCAAGGCACCUGAAAAAAUCAUUUUCUCUGCCUGCAUAUCAUAUUGUCCAAUAUUUCAAUGUGAAAAUAAUAGCAUGAGUAGAUAUCCAUAAAAAAAUGCAAACAUUUUUCAUUUACUCAAAUCAAUUAAUUUUUUUCUAGGGCCAAGUUCAGUUGAUCCCUCAAAUUUUUUAUGUUCUCCACACUAAAAUGUAUGUUGUAGUUAUGUAAAUAAUAGUAUUAUUUGUUGAUUUGAUGCUCUUAGGUUUAAAAUAAAAGAUAUAGAUCCU